AUGAGGAUGUUCACUCUGCUCACCACCCUUCUUCUGCUGGCCCUGCACACCCAGGCAGGAUCUCACCAAGGAAGCAGUGAGGAGGCUCCAGACCAAGAACAGUUGGUCAAGGAGGACCAGGAUAUUUCCACAUCAUUUGGCAUGGAUAAAUGCAGUACUCUCCAAGAUGCAGAUGUGAAGUCAGACUUGAUCUGUGAUUGUAGACUCACAGAUUGUUGUUUUGGACAACGGCUUUCUGGAGCCAGCACUUACCAGGGCCACACCUUCCAACUCUGUUGCCACUUAGCACUGAGAACAUGA